AUGGGAGAAUUAAAGUUUCUUCAGACCUUGCCAAUAUUCAUCAUUGGUCAGGAUAGAGGAUGUGGUAUAAAAGAGCUGCAAGACCUAAACCUUCGAGGAAGCUUGAUUAUUCGAAACCUCGAGAACGUGAUGAGUAGAGCAGAUGCACAGGAAGCAAACUUGAAGGAGAAGCCAAACCUUCAUAAGUUAUGCUUUUCAUGGGGUUCAUGGGGUCAUUAUAUUGAUCUUAAGUUGGCAGGAAAUGUUGAGGAAACCUUUGAAGGUCUCCGACCACAUUCGAAUCUCAAAAGGUUGGAGGUCAAAGGGUACGUGGGUGUCAGAUUUCCGCAUUGGAUGACUUCUUUGAAUCUGGUUGAAAUCUCACUGAUCAAUUGCAGAAGAUGCGAACAGCUCCCCCAGCUUGGCCAAUUACCAUUGCUUAAGGUUCUUGUGAUACAGGGAAUGCAUGCUGUGAAAUCUAUUGGGAACCUUUUCUAUGGUGACAAUGUUGCAGAGGGAUUCCCGUCACUGGAAAAACUCAGGUUGGAAGAUAUGCCUAAUUUAGAGGAGUGGUCAGGAUUCAACGGAAGAGAAGUACUCCCCUGCCUUAACCGAUUAUUUGUCGUCAGAUGCCCAAAGUUAACAACACUUCCAUGCCUUCAGUCUCUGAAAAAAUUGAAAUUGAAAGAUAGUAAUGAGAUGUUGUUAGGUUCAGUGGCAAACCUAACCUCGCUUUCCUACUUGAAUAUUGAAGAUUUCAAGGAGCUAAGGUCGUUGUCGGGUGGGUUGUUCCCAAAUCAUACCCGUCUCUUGACCCUAAACAUUUGGGGUUGCGCAAAGCUUGAGUCUCUGUCGAGGGAGCUUGGAAACCUUGCUGCUCUAGAGUCUCUGUCUGUUGUAUACUGUGAUGAGCUGGUAUCAUUGCCGGAGGAGUUACAAAACCUCACCUCUCUUCAGAAGCUACGUAUUCAAGACUGCAAAGGUCUAACGUCGUUGAGACUACAAGGCUUGAGCUCUCUUAAACAUCUUACCAUUCAGUCUUGUAAAAGCCUAACGAGUUUGAUGGGGGGCCUGCAACACCUCACUGCCUUACAAUCCUUGUACAUUAUGGAAUGUCCGGAGCUGGCUUCUUUACCAGAGGAUAUGCAACACCUAAUGUCCCUUCGACAACUUAGAAUCUGGCACUGUGAUAAGUUGACAUGUUUGCCGGAAUGGCUAAAACAUGUCACAACACUGGAAGAGCUAAGUAUCUGGGGUUUGAAAAGUCUAACGGCUCUGCCGGAGUGGAUAGGAAACCUCUCCUCGCUUCAAUAUUUGAAUAUCAUCAAAUGUGAUAAAUUGGGGUGUUUGCCAUCCGGGUUGCAACUCCUAACAAAUCUCGACCGUCUAAUUAUCAGAGAUUGUCCCCAAUUAGAGAAGCGAUGCGAGAAGGAGAAAGGCGAGGAUUGGCACUACAUAGCACACAUCCCAGAUAUCGAGAUUGGAUAUACCAAAUCCGAAUCCGAAUCCGCGAGAGGAGGCAAAGGGUGUGGUCGUCUGUUGGGGUUGAAGAGGAGAUAGCAUCAACGCUCAUCUUCCUUCCGUCCUUCAUUCCUCUUCCCUCCCUUCGACUGCGAUGGAGAGACACAGGGCAUCAAGCGUUGACAAUUCAAGAGCUCAUAAUAAUCUAAGGCUAAUGCUACUCCGAUUGCUUGCAUGGUUGAGGUUAUUUCGUGGAUAAUCAGUUCAAAUCCAAGCAAACAGAACAUUUAAACACAAUCAUUUCGUUGCGAGUGGGAGUCGUGCAAAUUAGAUGGUGAAGGGGCCUAGCAGCACAUGACAAUGUGGUACUCUAGUGGGAGGCUGAACAAGGCCACUGGUGAUUGAAACAAAAAUCAGGCCGGUCUGCUUAUCAGAUAUUCAGGAUUAGAGGCAUGCUUAAGGAUGGCAGAGACAACAUGAAAUUUGUCUUGUCAAGCUAAUUAGGAAGGGAUCCUCAAACAGAGUGGAGUUCUUGACUAUUGGAACCGACGAGGAGAUUUUCGUGAAUUGAUAGCAGACGGAGACUCUAUAAUGCUGUCUCUUAGGCCUCUAGGAAGUGCAUUCCCACUUUGAAGCUGAGCCCUCUCUUGAAUGAAUUAAGGCACAUGUUCCACCCUUAAGAUCUUCUGCUCUAAAAUCAGGCCACCAACAAACAAGAUGAAUGGAUGAGUAGAAUUUUUGAGGCUUGUCUUCUUUCAGUAAUUUGAGUAGUCCUUGAAAGAUAUUCAGUGAUAAGUGCCCGAGAAGAGCAAAAAGAAAUCAUUCAUAAGGCAGGAUCACAACAUUGAUGUAAAAUCUUUUUUCAAUGAAAGGAAUUGGGAAAUUGGUUACAACGGUUGCAAGGAAUGCUCAGUGAUGUGAAGUGUAGAUUGAGCUGUUGGACCAUACCAGGAAGUGUCAAUAAUGCAGCCCAAGUUGGAGCAGUGGAAGAAUAUGUAGUGAUUUUUUUUUAUUCAAAUAAAAAUACUAGCUAAUUCUAUUUUUUCUAUUUUUAAGAUGUGUAUGCUAUUUCUAAUGUAGUAUAAGCCCGGUAGGCAGUAGCUUUUUCCAUAUUAUCUCUGUAACUAAGGCCUUCAUCCAAGGAACUGAGAGAUUAUAUGGCUGGGAUCAGUUAUAAAAGGACUUAGACUGAUACAUUGUAUUUAAAGAGAUAAAAUACUAUUGGACGCAUGGUUUAAUACU